AUGCGUCCAAAAGGUCUCACAGAAUCAGAAAUAACACAAAUAAUCAAUUUCGACUGGAAUAAUUCUGAUGAUGAAGAAGGUGAAGAAGAAGAAGAGUUAUAUGAUUCCAAUUUGGAGAGAGUCAUUGAAGACACAAUUGAUCAGGUAAGGACAAGAGGAGAAAACGUUGAACUAAAUUUGAUUACCAGAAUUGUUGAAAAAGAUGUACAUGGAGAAGCUGAUGAAAUAGUUGAAAAUGAAGGGGAUACAGAAAACAUAGUCACGGAAAGUUUUGAAAAAAUCAAUCUGGAGAGUUUGAGAUGGAGGAACGCGAGCCUAUCCGUUUGCGAAACUGCUUGGAAAGAAGAAACAAUCUAUCGAGAAGUCAGAGAUCCAAUAAAAUACUUCAGUGAGUUUUUCGAUGAUGAAAUUAUAAACAAGAUUUGCAACGAAACAAAUCUAUAUUCGAUGCAAACGAAAGGCGUAGUGCUAAAUUGUUUUCCAUUUGAGAUCAGACGAUUCUUUGGCGUACUUCUUUAUUUAGGCGUAAUACAAGUUCCAAAUUUACGAAUGGCUUGGAUGCCAAACUUCAGAUUAUCAGCUGUUGCAGAUUCUUUAUCAAGAGUUCGCUUUGAGAAAAUCAAAGAAGCUUUUCACAUAAAUGAUAAUACUCAACAGCCGGAACGUGGAUCAGCUAAUUACGACAAACUUUAUAAAAUACGUCCAUUACUUGAUAAAAUGAAAGAGAAAUGCAACAAAAUAAACCAGGAGGAACACCAGAGCAUUGAUGAACAAAUGAUUAAAUAUAAAGGACGUCACAAUCUAAAACAAUACCUACCAAUGAAGCCCAAUAAGUGGGGUUUCAAAAUGUUCACAAGAGCUGGAGUUUCAGGUAUCGUAUACGAUUUUGCUCUCUAUGCAGGAGAAGGAACGUGCCCAUCUUUUGGGUUGGGGAUCUCAUCAGAUAUUGUGUUGCACUUAGCUUCUAAUGUUCGACAACACAAGAAUUAUAAAUUAUAUUUCGAUAAUUGGUUCACUUCUAUAAGCCUGAUGAUUGCGCUAAAAGAAAAAGGCAUUUUGGCAGUAGGAACAAUUCGAAGCAAUCGAAUGAAAAACUGUUGUCUUAUGAAUGAAAAGGAGCUCAUGAAAAAAGGUCGUGGAUCAUAUGAUUUCAAAUUUGAGGUAGCACAUAAUUUAGUUGUCUGCCGCUGGUACGACAACAAGAGCGUUCAGCUAGUCUCAAAUUAUAUAGCUGAAAAACCAGUUUCAGAAUGCAAACGCUGGUGUCGUAAAGAAAAGAAGUAUUUGAAUAUACCUAGACCUGCUAUUGUCGAGUGUUAUAACAAGCAUAUGGGAGGCGUAGACUUGGCUGACAUGUUGUUAGACUUGUAUAAAAUCAACCACCGUUCUAAGAAAUGGUAUAUGCGUAUUGUAUACUGGUGCCUCAGCACAGCAGUAGUCAAUAGCUGGUUGUUGUAUAGAAGAGAUCUAAAAAAUCACGAAGGAAGAACGAAACAUAUGUCGUUGUUGAAUUUUCAAUUGAUGAUAGCAAACGAGCUUCUACACGAUUCUGAUAUUACGCCAGUACACCAACGCAAAAGAGGCCGUCCAUUGGGAAUCCUUUCAAGCAUGCACUCAAAUGCACCGUCACCAGUGUCUCCAGCACCAUCUAACAUUUCAGACGUUUCAUUACAAAGUUCAUCGUCAUCAGCAAAACGAUCAUACAUAGCAGAACCCCCAAAAUCCAUGCGUCUCGAUCAAACUAGUCAUUGGGUUGAAUGGGGAGCAAAAGGAAGGUGUAGAUUAUGCCAUACCGUACCACCAUGGCGCAAUGUUGCUUAUAAGCAACAUCUCAUAACGGUAAAACCAGAAGUGAUAGAAGUUUGA